AUGGCAGAAGUGAGAGAACCUGCAUCUGAGCAGACGCCUCUUCUGCGGGCACCCAGCGAAAAUGGGGAUACCUCGCUCCCAAAGGAACCCACCACGAAGGAGCUGAUUUGGAUCCUUGGGAGCAUCUGGCUGGGUGUCUUCCUGGCUGCACUGGACUCGACAAUCGUUGCAACUCUCUCCGCGCCUAUCUCUUCGUCCUUCAAUUCUUUCUCGCUGCUUUCGUGGCUGGCAACCUCUUACUUAAUCUCCAAUGCCGCCUGCCAACCCCUUAGCGGUCGAUUGACCGACAUAUAUUCUCGCCGAUGGGGACUUGUAUUUUCCAAUGUCUUUUUCGCAAUUGGAAAUCUGAUUUGCGGCCUUGCCAGAGCUCAAUGGGUUAUCAUCUUUGGUCGCGUAGUGGCAGGUGUCGGCGGAGGCGGUCUGACCGCGAUUUCAACCUUCGUCACGUCCGACCUGAUUCCUCUACGCAAGCGCGGCAUCUGGCAAGGCAUUGGAAACAUCUGCUUUGGUGCCGGCAUGGGACUCGGCGGUGUCUUUGGGGGGUGGAUCAACGACACCCUGGGGUGGAGGUGGGCGUUUUUGCUCCAAGUUCCACUCCUGGUUGUCUCGUGUGUGCUGGUCGCGGUGAAGGUCAAUAUUCCGGUGAAGGUCUCGGAGACCGCGCGCAUCAAGCGCGUUGAUUUCCUCGGUGCUAUCACCCUCGUUCUGACACUGGUUACUUUGCUGCUUGGCCUUAACACCGGCGGAAACCAGGUUUCCUGGACUCACCCGCUAGUUUUGACAUCGCUGGUCAUGUCUGUUGUCUUCCUCGGAUUGUUUAUCUACGUGGAAGCGAAGGUUGCGUUGGAGCCUAUUAUCCCCGUGCGGCUUCUGUUGGACCGCACGGUGGCAGCCGCUUGUCUGACCAACUGGUUCACUACCAUGACUGUAUUCGGUCUUUUAUUCUACCUUCCCGUUUUCUUCCAGGUACAGGGCCUGUCGGCUACCGCUGCCGGUGCACGUUUGAUCCCGCAGGCCAUUGGUACCUCGAUCGGUUCUUUGGGAUCGGGCAUCAUCAUGCGUGCCAGCGGUCGGUACAAGCUUCUCAAUUAUGUUGUCAUGGCUGUUCAAGUCCUCUCCGCUGGACUCAUUUGCACCAUGGAUCUCAACACGCCUGUCGGACUACCCUUCCUUUAUUUCUUCCUAGGCGGUGCUUCCUAUGGCAGCAUGCUGACCAUCACAUUGGUUGCACUUAUCUCCGCUGUUGAUCACCAGCACCACGCGGUAGUGACCUCUGCCUCAUACGCUUUCCGCAGUACCGGAAGCACGAUUGGUAUUACCAUUGCCUCAGCAGUCUUCCAAAACACCCUGAAGCUGGGGCUUUGGGGUCGCUUUGGUGAGCGCGAGAAUGCCAAGGAACUGAUCGGUCGCCUGCGGGAUAGCUUGGACGAAAUCUGGAAGCUGCCCGCAGACUGGACACCGGGUGUUCUUGAUGCUUAUAUGGACUCUCUGCGUGCCGUUUUCAUAACUCUACUGGGACUCACAGUGCUAGGUUCUUUGGCUAGUAUUGCUAUGAGGGAGCACAAACUACACAAUAACUUGGCUCGACGUUAA